UCCGCUGUAACGUUUGUCUGCUUAGGCCCAAUUAAUUUCUGGCGGUUCCGACUCUGAUCUCCCCGGCAAACUACUUUCUUUUGAGCAGAUCUCUCUCUCUCCCCCUCCUGAGAAGCGUUUGAAAAUGAGGGCUUAAUUGGGAAAUUGGGAAUGAGGGCUUCUGUGGUCAGUCGGUGUUUCAUUGGGUGGAUGAAGAGCUAUGAAUAAUCUGAUUACAUUUACGAUCUCAUACACGCAUCUAAUUUAGGUUUUGAUGAUCUGUUUCACAUUUGAGAUAUUAGAGUUGCAUUUUACCAAGUUUUUGGCACUUGGCCUGUGACAGUUUGAAGUUGAUACAGCCUGGGAGAGAUAUUCACACUACAGUAAAGAUGGUGAAGCUGACAAUGAUAGCUCGUGUUACUGAUGGUCUUCCCCUGGCAGAAGGACUUGAUGAUGGCCGUGAUGUAAGAGACACUGAAUUCUACAAGCAGCAGGCCAAGGCUUUGUUCAAGAAUCUGUCAAAGGGCCAGAGUGAGGCUUCAAGAAUGUCUAUUGAAACUGGUCCUUAUGUUUUUCACUAUAUUAUUGAAGGCCAUGUAUGUUAUUUGACAAUGUGUGAUCGGGCGUAUCCAAAGAAACUUGCAUUUCAAUAUUUAGAAGACCUCAAAAAUGAAUUUGAGAAAGUCAAUGGGAAUCAAAUUGACACUGCUGCCAGACCGUAUGCCUUUAUUAAAUUUGAUACAUUCAUACAGAAGACCAAGAAAUUAUAUUUGGAUACACGUACUCAGAGGAAUCUUUCAAAGUUGAAUGAUGAACUAUAUGAAGUACACCAAAUAAUGACUCGAAACGUACAGGAAGUUCUUGGUGUUGGUGAAAAAUUGGACCAGGUUAGUCAAUUGUCAAGCCGGCUUACCUCUGAAUCUCGCAUCUAUGCUGAUAAGGCAAGAGAUCUAAAUCGACAGGCUUUGAUUCGGAAGUGGGCUCCUGUUGCCAUCGUGAUUGGAGUUGUUAUCCUUCUAUUUUGGGUCAGAAAGAAGAUCUGGUGAUUGCACCUCUUAAGGAAUUUCAGGUAGUUCCUGCUCAGACUUGCCCGAUUUUGGUUAUUCACAUGGUUUGGCGGGUAUCGUUGACAUUGCCAUCAAGAGGCUACAGAAUGGGUCUCACCCAUAUCGGACACUUCCAUCGUGUUACCAAGUCCUAUGCAAGCCUUUGCUCAUGAAAGAACCCGUGGAUGUGAGGACUAAGAAGUUUUGCAGGUGGGAAAUUGAACUGAAAACAGUUAAGUGAAUUGAUUAAUUCUUUCAAAAUUAGUGAAAAGCAAAAUUAUUGGUAGUUUACUAUGUUGAUACAAAAUCUAAUGAGGGUUCUUCAAAAAUAAUCUUGUAGAAGUUUUAUUUACAUUGGCUUAUUACCAAUUGUCAUGGCAA